AUGGCGACUGGUGAGCAUUCUGGUACCGGCGACCAGGUGAAGAAAGAAAAUGUGGACUUCAAAGAGCAACCCGUUAUCUUUAAAAUCAGUUUUCCAGAUUUCGAUCCCGACGAUAUCGAAACAUGGUUCAUGUGUCUUAAAGCAGCAUUCAGUGUGAACUCUAUUAGGCACGAUAAGGUCAAAUUCAUGGCAGUGAUCGUCGCUCUCGGUUCGCGCGCGAAAUUCGUGCAUACAGUAAUCGCCAAUUGCAAUGUGUCGAACAAUAACGACAAAUACGACAUCCUCAAAGCCGCCGUUCUAGCACAUUUUCAACCAUCGGAAACACAGCGUUUGACCAGCCUGCUCUCUGGUAUGUCUUUAGGAGACCAGAAACCAAGCGUCCUCUUGUUCGAGAUGCGCCGCCUGGGCGGUAUAGGUUGCACUGACAACAUACUGUCUAACCUCUGGCUUCGAGACCAUCCAAACACUAUCCGUUCCAUCAUCGCCGCCAUGCCGGCUGCUACACUCGAUGAGCAAUCAAAAGUGGCGGAUAAGAUUAUGGAAGCUCCCCGUGAACAAAUUUCCGUUGUCCAGAAAUCCGAAACCUCAUCGUCAUCAUCUCUAGAAUAA